CAGUAAUGCGUUUCUGCGUUAAUGCGAUGUCUAUGGGCUCCAGUAAUCACUUAACACCCAUGCAGCGCAACCGCGAGUCCAAGCGCCACGAAAAUACGACGCUCCGCGUUCGAAAAAUCGUAAAAAUAGUGAAAAGUUCUCGGAUAUUGACGUGCUAUACAUCAAAAGAAGCGGAAAGUGAAGGCGCACAUGCCUGUGAAAAUCUCAUGACUUUUAGUGUUGUGGCCACAAAAAAAAAUCGGCAAAAAAGUGAUUUUUUGUGAAAUUUGGAAAAUAAAAAGUUGUCUAUCUCGCGAUUUUCAGCGACGACCCACAUUUUUUGAACUGUGGAACGGAGGGCAUCCUGGUGCUCUACAAUCCUGCCAACUUUCAGAUUUCUCUUGUGUAGGAUCACAGAGAGACAGCCAGAAAAACAAAAACCACGUGGCAACGUGGUCAUUGACUCUGUACCGCCAGACCAUUUUUCUGAACGAGGCUUUGGAGACACCAAGGAGAGCAGCUGGGAGGCACCUUCAGAUUGAAAAUCUGACAAGUGUUGACGGAGAUAGAGACUCGGAAAGUUUAGCGCAGUUUUGUUUUUUAUUAUAAGUGUUUUUAUUUAAAUUUUUCAGUGACAACAUAAGUCAUUUUUUUGUAUAUUUGCUGGCCCUAUGCUGUUAAAUAUUUUUGUAGAAAAAUUAGAUUUUUAGGACGAGCGGUUUCCGUGCGCGAUAAUUCAGAACUAAGUUACCAACCGCAAAAAGACAAAAAACGCUUGUUUCUUGGAAACAGCGUGAGUUGGGAAAUUUUAGGCCAGACUGCAUAUAUUAUAAUAAUAUAUGUAACUAACCCCCUACAUUUAUUUUAUUUUUCAGUUUUUAUUUUUAUUUUACCAUAUUUAUUCAACAAAAUGUUUAAAUAGUUUUGACUUGAUUUAGAUAGUUUGACUUGACUGGAUCCCCCCUAUACAGGGAUCCCAAAAUAUCAAUUUGACUUUGAGUACCCGUCGACCCUCGUACCCUCACCGUAAAAUGUUCGGUAUCAGAACACCAGUUAAAAAACCAAACGGCAGUGAGGACAAGUCUGAAUUCGAAGAACAGCCAGGUCCGUCUGUAAGGCGCAGCAUUGGUGAUUGGCCCCCCAUAGUCGAAAAAGAGCAGCAAAGGCCAAAAACACCAUCUCCACCAAAAGCUGUGCCUCAGCCGCUCCCUCCUAGGCCUAAGACCAAAGCGUUGAUCGCCCAGGAAGCAAAAGCUGACCCACGGAGACAGGCGGCAAGAGUCAGUGACAGCCCGCCAAUUACAGUCCCGUCGAGAUUUCCGAGCAAAACCGCAGAGGCUAAAGCGUGCCUUAUGAAAAGCAAGGCGGAGCUCGAAAUCUCCAAAAACCUAAAACGGGAGAUAAAAGAAGAAAUUUUUAGGUCAAUCGAACGGCUCUACCAGCUGGUGAAAGAAGCCGAAGGCGAAAAGGCUUCCCAAGCCACCAACAAGUGGCCGACAGAAGCCUGUAGCAUGGUCACUCGGACUGGUAACGAGGGUGACAUAUCACCGGGCCCAGAAGCGCCGACAGAGCUCAUGAAACAGCUAAUAGGCGGCCUCAAACAGCACCACGUUGCGUUAGAGGAAUGCAAAUGGCAUACUCGAGCUCUGUCGGAACAGCUGGAGCAAACCCCUCUCUACGCCGCAGGACAUGGGUCAUUAGACGAACACAGCCAACUCUUAAAGGAAAACAAAGAAGAAAUAGAAAAACUAAGUGAAGAAAUAAAAAAGCAAAGGACAGAAUGGAAAGAAAAUAGGAGCUACGCAAGCGUUGUCAGUGGCACAAAGGAGAAAGAACGCGGAAAUGCGGAGAGGCAUUCCGUCGUGAUCUCCUCAGACGACCAGAAUGCCACAGGGGAAGACGUAUUUAAUAAGAUCAGGUCAACCCUCAACGCUAAAGAGGAAGGGAUAAAAAUAGACAGGAUAAGAAAGGUGAAAGAUAGAAAAGUUAUAGUCGGCUGUGAAUCGAAAGAAGAAUUAGUAAAAAUAAGAGAAACAAUUAAAACAAAGGGAAAGGACUUACACCUCCAGGAGAUAAAAAAUAAGGAACCCAUGGUACAAUUGAAGGAUGUCCUGAAUUAUAAUAAGGACGAAGAUAUAGUGCGAGCACUAAUUAACCAGAACAAACAUCUUCUGGGGGAUGUGAGUGUGGACAGCUCAACUUUGAAGGUAAAGUUCAGAAGGAGAGCUAGAAAUCCGCUCACAUCCCAUGUGGCAAUACAAGUGCCACCAAAACUAUGGAAGCGGCUCACGGAGGCGGGGCUAGUACAUAUAGAUGUGCAAAGGGUCAGGGUAGAGGAUCAGUCUCCCCUGAUUCAGUGCUCGCGGUGCUUGGGAUAUGGCCACGGGAAGCGGUUCUGCCGGGAAAAAAUUGAUGCCUGCAGUCACUGCGGAGAGGCGCAUCAUAGGUCGGAAUGCGCUGACUGGAUGGCGAGGGUGCCUCCGUCGUGCUGUAACUGCUUGAAGGCUAAAAUCGGUGAAGCCGAGCAUAAUGCCUUUAGCCCAGAGUGUCCAGUAAGGAAGACCUUGGCAAGAUCUACCGUGACUUAUUGCUAAGGUGGACUCCAGGAACCCAGAUCAGAUCAUCCCCCCAAGAGGCGCUGUGUCGACCCUCGUUGCACAAUCCAAUCUACAGCGCAAACAUCUAGCGACUAGUGAAUUUCUUUUGGAAGCAAAGAAGAGGAGGGUUGACGUAGCGUUGCUCCAGGAGCCGUAUGUGGGAAGCCAGGGUAGAGUGAGGGACCAUCGGGGUGUGAGGAUCUUCCAGGGGAUCAACGGGCAGGGGGCUGU